UUCUCUCUCUCCCUCCAGAAGACGGGGGAGAAUGUUGCCGAGCCACGUGGCAAUCUAUCUCACAGCCUGAAUCAGAAUCAGCCCGCGCCUCCCCUCCCACCUCCACUCGUUUCGCUCCUCUGAAUCCCCCCCGGGCCCCGGCACGGAAUUCCCCCCGGCACACCCCCCAAGGCCACCGGACGCCAGCAGCCCCGCCCCCGCCCACACCUACGUACGAGCGCAAUGCUGGCGGCGUCCCUCAGGCCGGGGCCUUCGCUCGCGGCCUUCCCCGGUACCGCCCAGAGGAGCCCAGUUCCUUUCCUCCCCUUCCCUGCCCGCCUCCACCACCGGCCCGUCCUCCUCUCCGCGACCGCCGAGGGAACCGGCGCCCCCGCCGGCCAGGGAGACGCCUCGGCUGCCCCGCUCGACGAGGUGCGCCUGCCGCAGUUCGCUGCGGACUGGGAAUCCGCGCGCGCGUGCAAGGACCAGGGGAGGAUCUUCUCGCUGCCGGUGCUGAGGGCCAACAGCGGCGGGCUCAUCGUCAGGUUCAACUCCCUGCAGGGGUUCGUGCCCAACCCUCUCCUCAGCCCCGCGCACUGGUGUAAAGCUAAGCUUGCAGACCCCAAAAGGCCCAUCCAAGAUGUUACGAAAGACCUAGUAGGAACGUCCAUUUCUGUCAAGGUGGCUGAAGUGAAUGAGGAGGAAAAGAAACUUGUCUUCUCUGAGAAGGAUGCUAGUUGGUCAACAUACUCUUCCCGAAUAAAGAUUGGCGACAUCUAUGAUGGAAUUGUGGGCUCAGUGUUCCACUAUGGUGCAUUUGUUCACCUGCGAUUUCCUGAUGGAUUAUAUCAUCUUACUGGCCUUGUACAUAUCUCGGAGGUGUCUUGGGAUCUUGUCCAAGACGUCAAGGAUUUUCUAAACGAAGGGGAUGCUGUCAAGGUCAUAGUUGUGAACAUUGAUAUGACGAAGUCAAGGAUAGCUUUAUCUAUCAGACAACUGGAGGAAGAUCCUUUAUUGGAAACAUUGGACAAAGUUAUCCCUUUGGAAGCUGAUCAAUCACCUAAUCGAAUGAUGUCUCCUUCGGAAGUUGAACUUCUGCCAGGACUUGAUGGUAUAUGCAAUGAACUAUUGCAAGAGGAUGGUAUAACAGACGUACAGUUUGGGCGCCAGGCAUUGGAGAAACGUGUCGUUUCACAAGAUUUAGAGCUUUGGAUUUCGAAUGUUCAAGCUAAGGACAACAGGUUCACACUUCUUGCACGAGCUGGGAGGCAGGUCCAGGAAGUGUAUUUGACCACUUCCCUAGACCAGGAGGGCAUAAAGAAAGCCGUGCAAAGAGUGCUGGGGCGUGUUCCUUGAACCCGACACGCAGCGUGUAGAAACCGAUUUUCUAACUAAAGCAUUACAAGGAAUCAAAAGUACGAGCGAACAGCCUGAAACAUUUGCCACUGUCAGUCUGUCACAACACCCGGCUAAAUUUUUCUCUGUUGGAUACUACGACAACCAAAAAUCUGUAAAUAUUUGCAGUCCUACACGAGUAGGUUAGGCACCUUGGGCCCUCCCUUCAAACUAAGACGUUGCUAAGCAGUGGUUCUGUGUAUUUGCUGGGGUCUGUCUUUUGAUGCCAUGUGCACUUGUCAUACUGUGACUUCAGUUCACUGCUUGCACUUGGCUGAACUCCCGAGGUAACUUGUGUACAUGAG